CCCCUCCAUCCACUUUCCCCUCCUUCAUCUAUCCUGCCUUCUUUUCUUCACAGUUAGUAUUCUAUCCGUACAACUUUGCUUUUUUAAGCUAAUUUCUAAAUACAAGCAUUACUAUGCAAAAUUCUGAUGACGAUAACGACUGGGGAGACCUCUUACCCUCGCUCGAGGAGACGCUUAAGCUCCUCCCGGAGCUUAGGGAAACAGCGGAGGCUCUUGGUAAUCUUCGUACCGACCCAAACCACAACGAUCCAAAGAGUUGCGGCCAUUCGGGACCUCCUACCUCGCGCUCUAUUGAGCCUGUAAGAACCCCACCCUACAAUCCUCCAUUCCCCAACGAGCCUGCUCGUCGGGGCCGCCGUUCCAAACCAGACUUGCGGGGUUUGUAUACACCUCGUCAUCGUAGAAACACCCAUGUAGCCUCCGGGGAAAAUAAACAACUUUCUCUCCCAACAACUCUGAAUUCUAAUAGAGUUUUACCUAAGAAAGGAAGCUACCGUGCUGUUAUGGCUGAGGCAAAAUUGUUUGUAGCAGAAAAGGAGGCACAACUUCAGUUUACUCCAGCCAAUGAGUCGGACUCCGAUCGAGAGUUUAGAGGUACUAUUGCUAACUCAACCAUACUCGAUAGACAUAAGAAGCUCUAUGGCCUCGGCCGGGGUGAGGUGGGCGACCCCGCAGAGCCUAACCCAGCUCAGGAUACCAAAAAAAAAUCUAAAAUAAACUCCUUCCCAAUUGCCAAACGUUCUCAGCCCUCCAAUGCGGCUAAGAUUGCUCAGAAGAAACAUGAACACCGGUAUAUGGGGCUAACCCCCUACUUAUCUACUAGCGACUCUUCUGAGAGCACAGACGAUGCCAAAAAGACCUCCUACAGGGCGAAACUAUUUGGACUACGGAAAGGUAGUUCCCGAUCAAGGAAGACUACAGCUGAGAGAUCUGCGUCUCCUCGAUCUAGCCAUGGGGGUACCCAGUAUCACACGCGGGCCAGCCCUCUUGUUACCUCAGAAGUUACUAACAAGAGUUUUCGCCCCCGCCGCCGAGCAGCUGUGGUUGCCAUGGAACGAGCCAGAAGCCAGUUCGACGACCCUUUUCCUGGAUUCUUUGCACCCCGUCGUGUGAAUAGACGUACAGCUGAACAAAACGCUCUAAUACCUAAAUUUGCACAAAAGGAACCGGCGAUAAAGAUGGACGGAUCUGCAUCUGAGGAUGACGAGGUAUCGUCAGUUCCUGUUCCUGUUAACAGUAUGUGUCGGGGGACUCAACUCUUUUAUAAGAUGGAGAAUAUCGAUCCGGAGGAAUGAGGCAGUGUCGGUAAAGGGUUGUCAGUAUUUUCUACCCCAUUUCACGUUCAUUAUUAUUGUUGCAGUUAUUACUUUGACACAUUGAUACUUUGAUACUAAUUGGUACUACACAUUAGUUUAGGGUUUGACUUCAAACCUCUCCCCUUUUCCAAUAUUUUUCCUACAAUUUACAAUUGUAUUCGACCGUUUUACUCGAUGGUUUCAGCAAUAUAACGGAUGAUAAACGAGCUUUUUAAGUAGCUGGACCGACCCACGCUCGAACAUGCACAACCUACAGUACCCACCGGGUUUAGUUUCGACACUUAUUUGCUCCGGGAGUAAUGCCCGGGUGGCUGGAUUUGAUUUGAUCCUUUCCUGGUAAGUUAUAACUAAAAAGAAUUCAACUCCAAUUGUUUGACCUGUAUUGACUCGAAAAUUUACAACACACUUUAGACUACUGUUCUAUAGUUCGCAUAUUGCUGAUACGGAGUUAUUUUCUUUGUUCUGGUGUCUCAUUCUCUCUUUCUCACCUGUUUUAAAUCCUUGUUCUUAUGACCCGUGAUAGAUAGUGUCAAUUGUCUUCCUCAGGUAUAUAAAAUGUUCAUACCCUAUUUUUUUUUCUUUUUUUUUCCCAAAAAUAACAUUCUUCUCAAAAAAAUAUAUAUAUAUUUAAAAAAUAGUGGAAUCGAUAUUACGUAUCGUAUACCAGCUCCUUCCACUCUUUGUUACCCACCGCUCUCACUUACAUUUCUUCUCUAUAUGCUAUAUGCAUGCAACUUCCACUUUAUCACAAAUUAUUCGGGUCUCAAGUUGAGUUCUACCUUCGUACUAUCCCAAUGACAGUUUUUUUUCUUGCUUGCCGUUCCCUCACUGUCAGGUUCUCUUAUUAUUACCUCCUUAACCUUAUUCCUAUAUUACUUUCUUUAAUUUCACUGACCUCUGGAACAACUAAAACUCAGCUUCAACCUGUAUUAUAAAAAAUACAUACAGUUUCAGAAUUCUUUGAACAAUAAUAUGUGCUUUACACAUACUUGAAAUCAGUAUAAGAAAGGAGCAAUUUUUAUAAUUGCUCCAGUGAGCUCUAAUACCACAGUUUUUGUGACCCUACUCCCUACUUUCCUAUUUAGAAGUUGGCUGUAGGGCAAAACACUCAACUAAAUUUUCACAAUCCUAAACUAUAAUCUGUAGCCUUAUAGGUAUAGGUAAAACUGUGAGUUUAAUUCCGUCUCCUCAGGAUAUUAGCAUACUUAGUUUGAAAAAAAUUUUGUUUGCUUGUUAUU